AUGGACACUGCACUGGGGAGCAGCGAAGACGGAGCUUCGACAGCGAUGAUCCUUGAUGAGGAGGACGUGAAGCCAUUUGCAGCAGCCGUGAGCAGCCAGGAGCCGCCUGCGCCCCACAGCGUGAGCGCGGCGCAAGGAGGAGGGGGAGGAGCAUCUGCAGAGACGCACGGCCCGACCAGCACCCCCGUGCUGCUCUACCCUGUAAACACAGAACGCUUCUUCACCACAGCAGCAGAUGGGAAGACUUAUCUAAAGAUUGCACCAGCCUCUGGGAUGUCCACUGGCCCUUCAGAGAAGCCCCUUCCCUCCGGCUCUGACUUCUCAUCUAAAGCAGUGCUGUGCCUGAUUGAGGCGGUGGGUCGACGUUGGGGGCUCUAUGACACUCGGGAGCGAUCUCAACUCUUCCAGAGCGUCCAGGAGGAAAUGGCCUCUAAAGGACAUUUGCUUCCUGUAGAAAAAAUCCGCCGCAAAUGGAACAACCUGAUAGUGACCUAUAAGAGGGUCAAGGACCGCACCAGGGAGACGGGACACGCCAAGACGUCAUGGGAGUUUUUUGAUCUCAUGGACGCCACUCUCUGCGACACGGUCGGCUCCCAGAUCGUCAACAACAAACGGCCCAAACCCUCGAACCCUUCGUGCCCGCAGCCCGGCCCCGUGUCCAAGGUGACAGUGAAACCACACAUCCCCCAGACCGCCAUCCAGCCCCCUACACCGACCCCACCCACUACCUCGGUUACCACGGUGACCAUCAGCCCCUCCACCGCAGCAGACAUUAAGCCCCUUAUAUUUCUCAACGGUGAUAUAGUUACAAGCGGUCUCCAGGCGACGACAACCAGCUCAGCAUCCUCUUCUCAUAAAGCAUCUGCGGUCGUCACGACGGCGGGGAACAUAGACCUCAGCAAGGCCCGCUUCAUCACUCGAAAAGCUCCGAAUCUCUCCUCCAGCCUCCUGCCGCUCCGUCUUAGCAACGCACAGUUUAACAAAAGCGUCUCUAGCCCCAACAACUCCUGCCUCACGUCCUCCACCGCCAUCUCGCUCUCGGCUGCAUCCGGAGGAAACGAACCGUCCCAUAAAGGCAGUGAGGAGCAGACCGCCACCGCAUUGGUCAAGGAGGUCCUGAAGAGGCAGGAGGAGCAGGCCUAUCUGGAGCGGGUGUCCAGACGCAGGACGGAGGCCAGGGAGAAGAGGCGCGAGAGGAGGGAGCAGAGGAUGGCAGAGUCACUGAGCCGAGUAGCCACGGCCUUAGAGCUGCUGUCAUCCAAGCAGGACACGCCGCCAAAGCCUGUUUCAUUUCUAACAAAGAGGAUAAAGUGUACGGAAAUAAUGCGUACCAGAAGAGCUGAGGUAAAAGUCAAGGGCAAAGAUGAUGAGCCUAACAAAUGGGUUAGUCCUCGAAAAAGACGGAGGACCAACUAUAUCUCCACGGAUCAACUGUCAGACCUCGUCUUGAGCAGUGAAGGGGAGGACGAGGAGAGAGAAGAAAGCCGAGAGGAAAGUGUGGAGGAAAUGUCCCCCAAGUCUGCUGAACGGAGGAACAAUGACAAAGAAGCGGGAGCAGAGGAAGAGCCAGAACGAACCAAGACAAAAAGCGUCGUUGUGGACCUUGUAAGCUUCGUGUCCCAGAGGAAACCAAUAUUAAUUCUUCACAAAAUAGAGGGCGACUUUCACCUGCUGCUAAACGACGUAGAGCUACUGCAAACCGGGGGAAGACCUACAUCACCGAAAGAUCAAAGCAAAGAGAAAACUGGUCAAGACGACGCUCAUGAUGCUGUGGGGGAGACUGCGGUCCAAGACGGAGACGAGUUCCACGCAGAGACUUCACAGAACGACUCUCACGACGAGAACCAGGAGCAAGAUUCUGACGGCAGAUCCGCCUCACCGACAGAUCACACCGAACACGAGGUCAGCACUGGUGAAGACGAAGCUCCGGAGCCUGUCGACACAAGCGACGUCCAAGGCGAUAAGAACCAGGAAAAUGUGGUGGAAGAGGUGGAACUGAUGCCCAUGGAAGAGGCGGCCAUCACUCAGGACCAAGGAAUCGGAACAACUUCACAACAAGAACGUCUGGAAGAAAUGAACAACGAGGUGGAAAUUGUGGCUCCAAUUUUGUGUUUCGAUCUGGAGUCAGUGGAAGCAGCAGCUACCUUACCGGAUGUGAUACUUCAGGAUUCUGAACAAGAACCACCUGAUGAAAGGCCUCCUCAAGAGGAGAACCCCGCAGCAUCAUCAGCACAAACAAGCCCUGAACUGGAGAUCAUGGAUCUUGAACAACUAAAAAGACAGAAAAUAAAAAUGCAGAUUAAAGUCUUGAAGCUACAAGAAGAAUAUUACUCUCUGCAGCUACAAAAGUUAAAACACUGA